UCUUACUUCAACAUGGCUGUAAGAAGAUGCGGCUUUGCACUUCGGUGUAUUGUUUUUGCUGUGAUGACAAUGUAUUCCAUAUAUGGAAUGAUGGAGGAUGGAUUUGACCCUUUAGGUCAAUUUGGUGUCCCAGAACCAGUCAGAAUACACAUACCUGGACAGCCGGAAACAGAAGAGAUACCUCCCAUUCAGAAUUCAGAACCAGUCAGAAUACACAUACCUGGACAGCCGGAACCAGAAGAGAUAGCUCCCAUUCAGAAUUCACAGAUUUCUUCUGGCUACUUAGAGUACCGUAUGAGGCCCAAUUCAGUGCUUAGUCCAUUGUAUGAUGAUAUAUUGUACGAGUUCUAGUCAGUCCUCCAGCUUGCAGAAGAGAUAACUGGUGGCAUGCAGUGUGAAUGACAAACCCCUCAAAGAACAGUCAUAUUGUACAUGAAAUUGAUUAUUCUGGCUGAGAUCUUUGAAUUCUUUCAUUUUCUGCAAUGAUUUG